AUAGUUGCAUAUGGUUCUAACCAGGGAGUUCUGAACUGAGAAGCGGUGUUGACAUUGAAAAACAGAGAGAAAAUGGAUACGAGUGAGUUGAGAAAAGCAGUGGAGGAGGUGGAAAUAGUGGACGCUCAUGCUCACAAUAUAGUUUCUCUUCACUCCAACCUUUCCUUCAUCCACGCCUUUUCUGAGGCCAAUGGUCAAGCGCUAACUUUCUCACCCAACUCUCUUUCUUUCAAGAGAAAUUUAAGAGACAUUGCUGAGCUGUAUAGAUGUGAGAUAUCCUUGCAAGGUGUUGAAGAAUACCGUAGAGUAUCUGGAUUGCAAUCCAUCAGCUCAUCAUGCUUUAAAGCUGCAAGAAUCGCUGCCAUACUUAUUGAUGAUGGCUUACAAUUGGACAAAAAGCAUGAUGUAGAAUGGCACAAGAGUUUUAUACCUUUUGUUGGUAGAAUCUUAAGAAUUGAACGAUUGGCCGAGGAAAUCCUCGAUGAGGGCCUGCCUGAUGGAUCUUCUUGGACUGUGGAUUCAUUUACUAAAGCAUUUCUCUCAAAGUUGAAAUCAGUUGCUGGUGAGAUCUUUGGAUUGAAAAGCAUAGCUGCAUACCGCAGUGGCUUAGAAAUCAACACUAAUGUUACUAAUAACGAUGCUGAGGAUGGACUAAGGCAAACAUUGAUUGCUGGGAAGCCUGUCCGUAUUGCAAACAAAAAUCUUAUUGACUACAUCUUCUUACGAAGUUUGGAAGUUGCUCAAUCCUAUGACCUGCCAAUGCAGAUACACUCGGGGUUUGGGGAUAAAGAUUUGGAUCUGCGACUCUCCAAUCCUCUUCAUCUACGUGCAGUUCUUGAGGACAAGAGAUAUUCGAAGUCUCGGAUUGUGUUUUUGCAUGCAUCCUAUCCAUUCUCAAGGGAAGCGUCAUAUCUAGCCUCUGUUUACUCACAGGUCUACCUUGAUUUUGGGCUGGCAAUUCCAAAGUUGAGUGUACAUGGGAUGAUUUCUUCAAUGAAAGAGCUAUUAGAAUUGGCUCCACUAAAUAAGGUGAUGUUCAGUACUGAUGGCUAUGCAUUUCCUGAAACAUUUUACUUAGGUGCAAAGAAGUCUCGUGAAGUUGUUUUCUCUGUUCUACGUGAUGCAUGCAUUGAUGGUGAUCUCUCAGUUCCUGAAGCUGUGGAAGCUGCAAAGGACAUCUUUGCAAGAAAUGCAAUUCAUUUCUACAAGAUUAGUCCAGCUAACAGUGUUAUCAAUUCACAUAGUAAUUUGUCCCAAAAUUUGAGUGGUGACUUAGACAUUGAUGUCUCACUUGUUCGUGUCAUGUGGGUUGAUGGUGCUGGACAGCACAGAUGUCGUGCUGUUCCUAAAAAGCGUUUCAAUGAUGUGGUUGUUAAGAACGGGGUUGGUUUAGCGUUUGCAGUUAUGGGAUUCUCUUCUCAUAUGGAUGGACCUGCAGAGGGGUCUGGUCUAACUGCAGUUGGUGAAACCAGAUUAGUGCCUGAUUUGUCUACUCUAAGGAGAAUUCCCUGGAAUAAAGAAGAUGAAAUGGUUUUAGCUGAUAUGUGUGUUAAACCUGGUGAAGCUUGGGAAUAUUGUCCAAGAGAUGUCUUAAGAAGAGCUUCUAAAAUUCUGAAAGAUGAAUUUGACUUGGAAAUGAUUGCAGGAUUUGAGAAUGAAUUUAUUCUUUUAAAGAUGCUAAAAAGGGAAGGUAAAGAGGAAUGGGUGCCAUUUGACUCGAGUCCAUACUGCUCCACAUCAGGAUUUGAUUCUGCUUCUCCCGUACUUCAUGAAGUUGUUGAUUCUCUUCAUUCCUUGGGAAUUGCAGUUGAACAGAUACACGGUGAAGCUGCAAAAGGUCAGUUUGAGGUGGUUUUGAAGUAUACCAUUUGCACUAAAGCAGCAGACAACUUAAUUUUCACCCGUGAAGUUGUUAGGGCAAUUGCCAGAAAGCAUGGCUUGCUAGCAACUUUUAUUCCAAAGUACGCAUUAGAUGAUUUGGGUUCUGGAUCGCAUGUUCAUCUUAGCUUGUGGCGGAAUGGCCAAAAUGUAUAUAUGGGAUCUGGUACAUCAUCUAAGCAUGGAAUUUCAACUUUGGGAAGAGAAUUUAUGGCAGGAAUUCUACAACAUCUUCCUUCAAUCUUGGCAUUUAUAGCACCACUCCCUAACAGUUAUGAUCGAUUGCGACCCAAUACAUGGAGUGGUGCGUAUCUUUUCUGGGGAAACGAAAAUAAGGAGGCUCCAUUGCGAGCUUCUUCUCCACCUGGAACUCUCGACGGUCUAGUCACCAACUUUGAGAUGAAAUCAUUUGAUGGUUCUGCCAAUCCAUACUUGGGCCUAGCUACCAUACUUGCUGCUGGCAUUGAUGGACUUCGAAGGCAUCUUCCUCUUCCUGAACCUGUUGAUACAAAUCCGAACCCAGAAACCCUUCAGAGAUUGCCAGCAUCUCUUUCUGAAUCUUUGGAUGCUCUCCAUAAGGAUGACUUCCUUAAGGAAUUUAUCAGCGAGAAGUUGCUGACUGCCAUAAAAGCAAUUCGAAAGGCUGAAAUUGAGCAUUACACCAAGCACAAGGAUGCAUACAAGGAACUCAUUCACCGUUACUAAGCUAGUUGCCUUUUGCAGAAUGCAAGAUUGGUUUGAGCACAGUUUAAGUUCUGCUGAAUUCUUCGCAAUGACCAUUUGAUGUUACUUGCUUUUACACUUGAGCUUUAUGGUUCAGGGUAAAGACAGUUAUGACCGUAUCUGUUUUACAGCCUGUCUUAACUAUUAUACGUAUCUUAUACUAUCUAUUGUAUGUACCUUGUAUUGUCCUAGUAUGAUAUGAACUAAUUUAUACUGUG